CCGUCCUGUCAAACAGAACUCAAAACAAGAAAAAUAAACAGUCGCUUCACGCUUGCUUCAUAUGUUUUCUGAUUCGUCUUCCACUUCGGACAAUAAUUGUUCGUUUAAUUUUAAAUUGAAAUAACUGUCCAAUUGAAUAAGUAAGGUUUACCAUCGAGUAAUUUUAUUUAGACGUUCGCUUGCCACAGACAUCGACGCGAGUUUUUAAAGUUCACUUCCACGGACCGAGUUCUUUGUUACCACUUUGCUUCAACUUAAAAACUUGGUUUUAUACUCUGAGUUCUUUUCUUGGAGUUAUGGAGUUCGAAACUAAAUCGCAUCGGCGGACCGUGCCGGUGAAGAAACCCGUCGGGAAACCAAGGACGAAGCAACCAAAGAAGGUCAAAUUCAUAACCACUGAAAUCCGCUGCCAAGAGAUGUCCAAGGGAGGCCUGGCGUACGAGGUGAUCCUCGCGGAGCCAGUCGGAGUGCCGGCGCCCCGCCGCGCCGACUCUCCCGAGAAGACGCCUUCUGUCGAGGAGAUUCAAGAGAAACUUAAGGCUGCGGAGGAGAGGAGACGUAGCCUGGAAGCAAGCAAGAUGGCGGCGAUCGCAUCCAAGAUGGCGAAGAUCGAAGAAGCGUCGCGCAUCCGCAGCGAGCAGACCAACAACUUCAUAUCAAGCACCAAGGAGGCUCUCGACGCCAAGAUGGAGAUCCACGAGGAGAAACGCGAGGCGUAUAUCAAUGAGCUGAAGGCACGGCUCAAGGAUCACUUGGAGGGCGUAGAGAAGACCAGACUGACCCUGGAGCAGCAAACGGCGGAGGUGUACAAGGCGAUCGAGGACAAGAUGACCACGGCCGCGGACAAACGUGAUGAAAAUAUUAAGAAGAUGCUGGAACGUCUACGGGAACAUGAAGAACAAGUGCGCAAGGUGCGCGCGGGCAACCAGGAGCGCUUCCAGCAGCUCGAGAGCGCCAUUCAGGACAAGCUGCAGCACGCGGCGCAGCGGCGGCUGCUGCUCGAGGCUGAGCACAAGAUGAAGCUGCGGAGCUAUAACGAAAAGCGCGAAGGUGUCCGCUCAGUGUUCACCGCGAAAGUGGAGGAGAUCUCGAAGGAGAUCGAAACCAAACUAUCGACAGCCGAGCAGAACCGAGAGAAGGAGAUACAAAAGAAACUCGACUUCGUUAAGAAGGAGGAGCGGCGUGCCGAGCUCGUGCGACAGAACAAGAGCGCACGCGCAGACAGCGAGGCCGUCUCCGGGUAGGCGGGGGGGGGCGGGGGACGCACUCACACACACACACACACACACAUACUGUAACAUCUCACUGGAUUUAGGCUAAGCGCGCACUACGACUUGUCGCGCGAUUUUUUUCCCGCUAAAAUGUAACGCGAUUUUACUAUUAAAAUAACAGUGUAAAAUCUUGGCGCAAAAAAAAAUCACAGUGCGCGUUUAUUCUUAUAUAGAUUGGACAGUUUGAUUUAAAACUCGUGGGAUCCUUGCGAUAUAUUAUAUUCUUGAUUAAAACACAAUUAUUGAAUUUAAAUCUGUUUUUACUAUUUUUUAACCAUAUUUAAAAAAAAAGAUUCCUUUUUCCGAUCAUGAGUUUACUGUAACAGUUUUAGUUGAUCCAUUUAAAUAUUUGUAUGAAAAAUUUAUUAAUUUGUAUAAAAAUUCCACGAGUUUUUUUGCCAAACUGUAAGGAUGUGUAUGUAUGUUAGAUUCUUUGUUCUAUUUCGCUUUUGUAGCAACAUAUCGUUAAUUGGAUGAGCGAAAGGGAUAAGCUAUUUUUUGCUAAUGGCAACACACAGUGAUGAGAAUUUCAAUGAUUACCAAACAACUUUCAAAUAUAGAAAAUUGAUAGUAAAUUUGACAUAUUUUAAUCACAGUAUACCCAAUGUCAAACAUCGAAAUUCUCUACACGAGCUAAUACAUUGCAAUACUGUAAAAGAUUUGCCAGCUGGCAAAAAUACUCUUACAAAAAAUUCGUAAUUACGCGUUCAAUGGUGACAUUUUCUGUAUUUAAUCAUAUUCGAAAUCACUGAUAAAAUGUUGCCAGCUGGUAAAAAUCUUGCCAUAGUAGUAAAUUACAAGUUUAGCUGAAAAAGAAAGAUCUAGACAGAAAUUUAAUCCGGUUAAAUUUGUGAGUGUGUUUGUGAACGCGAGCUGACAUCGUUUCACCUGCGUUUCACGAAAUUUCCCUAAAAUCAUAAUUUACAUGGAAUUCGAAGUUUUAAAUUAUUUUACGAUACAAACAGUACUAAUGAAAGGGUAGAGAGAAAGGGAUGGAAAAAUAGACAUAUGUUUUGCCUCUCACACUAUAUAUUGCUUCUAUCAGACAGCAAUAUUUUUGUAUUGUAGACAAAACCGGCUAGAUAAACUGUCUCUUUCUAUAGCAAAUUGGAUUGUAUAAAAUCACGAAUAGGAACAUUUUACAGUUUUGAUAUGAAAUUAGUUUGAAAUAUUAUGUAAUUUUUAUCACUCCAUAGAAACGUAAUUCUUGUCCUAAGCCGUGUUUACAUAAUAACGAUUGUUCGAUUGAAAAACGGCUAAAAUUAUGUGAACGCGCCCUUAGUUCGGAACGUAUGGAGGCUAGAUUAGUCUAAAUUGUUUGUAUCGUAGUUUUAAGUAUUGGCUGGUCCAGUUGUGAAAUUGUAUCGGUAUUAUGGGGCCGUUGAGUCUAGGUGCGCUGCGUUUUUAUUUGAAAACUUCUUUGAUCGUAUUCAAAUAACGUAAACCUAGUGUUGCGAGAAACAAUUGUCUCUGAUUGGGGCGACUACUUUAAGCAUGAACUGGUUAUAACUGGAUAUUGUCAAAGUAACGCAGAGCGCGGAGACUCUAGGGAAAUGUGACAGGGUCGUAACUCGUAACGCGGAAAUAUUGUGACAGCCAGACAUACAGACACAGCAUCUUCAUAUAGUUCUGUUACAUCUAUUGUAGAAUUAAAAAAUACCUACAAAAUACUCGACACACAAUAUUUCCCUCUUUUCCUUUUCCAAUUUCAAAUUUUAUUUUCACCGAUACACAUUUCAAAUGAGGCUUAUUUUAUAUAUUAAAAAAAAAAGAUCUCAUUAUCAAUGGCCAGGUUUUAGUAGCCCAAACGAAAUUUUUAUCUUCAGAACCAAUGUACUUACUGUUUGACAUCGGCUUGCUAAAAGUUGGCCAAAUAUUCGGGGUUCUGUACUUAACGCGGAUUCCUUUUUUUUUAUUAGCUCUAGAGCUAAAAAUACGGAACCCUCGGUAAAUGAAACGACGCUGGCGGAUCGAGUUGGCUCGACGAUUGACGAUCCUUAUCGAUAGUUAUAGUCUUAUAUCAUUAUUUUUAAUGUUUAUCGUACGCAACAGUAUUUUAGGGGAUUAUAAUCUAAAUUUAAGUUUCUCUCACGUUCGUAUUGAUGAAUCGCCGUUGCUGACUGUCCAUUGUAUUAUAUUUAUGAAUUAGUUCGGUUUGAGACUGCGUGGGUCGAUGUGGCUGCUCUGGUGGAUGCUUGCUCGGCGGUCGCCAGUUUAUAACGUUUAAUUCGCAUUUCAACAAAUUUAAUUCGCGAUUUUGGAACAGCUGGUUCUAUUUUCCAGUUUAUUAUUUCUAUCCCUGUCUAUACAGGCGACGUUAUAAGCGAAAGAAAGUGAUAGAUGCAUAAUCAAAGCACCGGCUUAAAACGGAAAAUUCCAAAUUCGCGAUUUAAAUUUUUUAAAAAUAACGGACGAUAGCAAACAUCGGAAGUGCCUAUGAAUUCUUGUACGGCUCUUGGUCAAUAGAUGUAAUAUAAAACUGCCUUCAUAGGGUUUUAUAUUUUUUUAAACGUGGAGGGCGAAGGCGCCGGGCCGCGGGGAUGGUGUUGGACACAAACCGCUUCUGUGAUGUUUUUGCUCUAGUGAUAUAUGUAUCGAACGUUCGGUUAGGCACAAAUUAUAUGGCGCUCGUACCGCGCUCGUAAGUGAGAGUAUCCUGUAUUUUUUAAUAUAUUUUUGCCAUUCAUUUAGUGUCUGUUUUAACGUCAGAGAUAAUCGGUCGUUGAAUGAGUCUUUUCUUGAAAUCGCAUCUUUUUUUAUCCACUUGUUUACAAGCUAUAAAAUUACACCUUUCUCACAUGCGCAUAUUUUGCGUCUCACACAUGUUCCGUAUUUUUUUUUUUACUACGCACAUUUGAAGUUCAGACACAAUUGUAAAAUUGUUAUUGAAUAAAUAAAUGAAAUAUCUUGACCACAGAGGAUGUAGAACACGGAUAGAUUCUGUUACAAUUUAAAAGAUUUCGAGAAAGUCAUUUAGCGACUGAGCUAAAUAAUUGUAUAUAAUGUUAGGAGAUGUAUCGCUUGGCGCGAAGAGACGGAUGUCGCAUGCUGGUUGCUUACGGUACUAACGCUAUGGUAAGAUAACUAGAUAUGUAAGUGCUAGCUUGGUUCUUGGAGACAUUAAAACGACCAAUUUGCCUUGGGUAUUGUGUAGCCUUUUAGAUUCUCACAAUCGAGACAAAUCAUGUAUGAGUAUUAGCUUUCUGAGCGAUUAGUGCGAGUUUUCAAUUCGAUUCGCGGCUAUGUGACGUGUGUCCGGCGAAAGCGAAGGCGAUCGAGUUUGAAUCCAAAACUCGCACUACGUAUUAUGUUACUAAUUUUGAUUCUGUAAUUUUCGCGUAAGACGAGUAAUCUUCUUAUUAUCGUGUUUUUAAUUUUGAUAUUUUAUGUGAUGAUUAUUAUAAAUUAAUGUGCUACAGUUUGUGAGGUACUUAUAUGGAAAUUGCUGUUUGGGAGUGCAGGCAACUUUUGUAGUUUCAUUGUCGUACCUAAUGAAUAAUAAAGUAAUGAAUACUAA